CUGCUCCCAGCCCUCGGUCGACUCCUCUCUGGUCUCUGCAGCAGGGGCGCUUUUGGCUCUCAUCGCUCUCCUGGCCCCGUCUCGGUGCUGCCUUCUGCUUCCUCGGUGGCAGCGGCACCGGUGGCAAACUGUGGUUUCCUGCCUGUUGCUGCAUUUGGCCCUGAUGUGAUUGAUUUCCUACUACUGGCUGUCCUGCCGCUUUGCUCACCACCUGCUUUCAGCAUCUUCUCCCUCUUUGUGGGCUCUAAAGGCCUACUGUUUAUGCAGUUAACCAUAGUUUGAAUCAACUACUGUAACUAAUAAAAGGGUGAUAUGCGAGUGUUUCUGUGGGGAAGGUCACCAGCUGAGUUGUGCCCUCCACCGUCCUGCCACCAGCCUUGCAGCUUGGCUGGAAAUAACCGCUCCACGUGUGGCUCCCAGAGACGGGAGGCUGUAAAGUUUGCCGCCUCGUCGGCCCAGCUGCUCUGCCGACGGUCCCCGGUGCCCACGGCGAGCGCUCCUUUCCACACACACCUAUAGGCUUUCACAGCUCCAGAUGGAUGCGCUGCAUCGGGUGUCACAGUGGAAAAGGGUAGUGGGAUGGCAACAAAGCAGGAAAAGCCUCAGUCAGGGACUGCUGUGUAGUGGCUCCCGAACUUAGUACAAGUAGCAAGAGAUUAUUUUGCUUGAAUCGUGUCUCUCUAUGUACGUCAAAAUUAGAGGUAGGUCUGAUUGAAACGUGCUGCAGCCAGACAAGUUAUAUUGCUGUCGUUAUCGCUAGGCGUGACUGCAUUUGAAUAUGAAGUAAAAAAGGCUAUUACAGCUCAAUUUCAAGCCCAGUGGGACGUCUGACGUGUUUCUCCCUCACUGGAGAUCAGCCUGUCAGACUUGUCCUCUUCCCGUCUCCUCGUCCCCUUAAAUUCCAGCGUUACCUCCCCACUAUUUAACAUCUCUGUGACGUUGUAUGACUCAUCUUUAAACUCGCUGCAGGACUGAUGGAGGCUUCUGUAUCUACCGGCCUCCUCCUUUUUCCUUUUGGCUUUUUAUUGAAUGUCCCUGAAGACAGGCGGUCGACCUGUGAUGACACAUGUGCAGCUUAUUUGGUUUUGCUCACACCGAGUAGCAGUUAGUCAUCAUAAAAGCUGAACCUGCAUCAUCUGCAGCUACAGCCGGUCCAUACUUUACCUUGGCAAUCUGUGCUCCUCCGUGCAUCGUUGUUCCCAAGGGGCUCCGUCAGUGAAUCCCAUACGUUUGUGUUUGGCCGCCCGCAGACUGGACACAUUGUAAAUAACUGCAUCAUAUUUGGAAGCUGUCAUUCUUAAUGAAUGCAGGAGCAACUUAUCCAGCCCAGUGGAGCCGCUCUGCUGUUGCCUGCUCUUGCCUCAUCAUUGUUGCCUGGAUCCAAUAUUACACAGUUUAUUUAGAAGCUCCUGGGGUUUACACAAGUGCUUGUUUUGCUGAUGGAUGCGUGUUAUUUAAGUAAAAACACAAACACUAUUAAACAAAUACAGUACACUUUAAAGUUCAUGUUAUGCAGAACAGGCUGUAUUUGAUGGAUUUAUUUUUAUGUUAAUGAAUAUUGAUUAUUAGGUACAUCUGCCUUUCAGUGUAAGUGUUAGAACACCAGGAUAAACUCAUAUGCAUGAAUUAUUACUGCAUGCAGUAAAUAUUGCAGUAACGUUACACUUCCAUCUGCUUUAUUGAUAUGUCUGUUUUAGUGGACACCAUUCUUUGCUGCCUGUGGCGUUGGUCAGUAUUUAUUUAGUGCUUUGCUGCAGCUUUGUCCUUGAAUGCAGCCGUUGGUAUGCGUGUAAUAAAUUACCCUCCCUCGCCGUUCCACCUGGCUUCCCUCAGCACCUGCUGGGGAUUGGUGGAGCCUGCAGUAAUGGCCCCUCUGAUUGGUGGAUAAGGAUAGUGGUUUAUAAGAGGUUUGGUGGCAGCCUCUUUGUCUUAAACAGAGAUUCAGAUGCGUGUGUGUGUGUGUGUCAGUACGUACUUAAGGAGGGUUAGGUAGGAGUGCAUUAAGGUUAAGCUCAUAUGCAGAGCAGAGGGAGUCUAUUUAAAGGACACCACCUCCCUCUCAUGAAUGAUUCAUGAGCACCAGUUGUCCCUCCCCCAUCAAGAUCAGCUGGAGGAAAAGGAAGGCCAAUGGCAUUACAGUACGAAUUGACUGUGUGUGUGUCUGUGUAUUAGUGUGUGUGUGUGCAGCUGAGAGGCAGAACAAGCCUGGACAAGCAGCGGCAGCAGCUCUCCCCCUGUGUUUGUGUGUUUGUGUGUGUGUGUGUGCGAACAAAAUGUAGGGCAGCUGCUCGGUCUUUCUCCCUCUGCCAUCUCUCUCUCUCUCUCUCUCUCUCUGUCUUCUCCCCUGUCCGUCUUUGUUUCUGUGCUGCGCUGCGGUCGCCACGGUGACGACUGACAUUGUUGCUUCCGCGUUGGGCUCCGUCUCUCUCUUUCUCCUUCUCGACUCACCUCGAGGAUUUAUAGAAAGAAAGGGAUGUAACCUCCGUGUGGGACCAUUGUGUGUGUGUGUGUGUGUAUGGGUGUGUGAGUGUGUGUGUGUGGGUGUGUAACAGAGGUGAGGUGACUCCUGGAACUCAACAUGAAUUCCUGUUGGAAAAUGAAGAUUCAGAAUGAAAAGCCUCUGGGUCAUUCUGCAAGCAGGUCCAGCAAUAUAUCGAAGGCUGGAAGCCCCACGUCGGUCAACGCUCCCUGCAGCUUCUCCAGGACGUCGGUCUCGCCCUCCAGCCAGGACAUCUGCAGGAUCUGCCACUGCGAAGGCGACGACGAGAGCCCCCUGAUCACGCCCUGCCACUGCACGGGGAGCCUGCGCUUCGUCCACCAGGGCUGCCUGCAGCAGUGGAUCAAGAGCUCGGACACGCGCUGCUGCGAGCUGUGCAAGUACGAGUUCAUCAUGGAGACCAAGCUCAAGCCGCUGCGCAAGUGGGAGAAGCUCCAGAUGACGGCGAGCGAGAGGAGGAAGAUCAUGUGCUCAGUCACCUUCCACGUCAUCGCCAUCACCUGCGUAGUGUGGUCGCUCUACGUUCUGAUCGACAGGACAGCAGACGAAAUCAGACAUGCCGGAAGAAUCCCAGGGAUCCUGGAAUGGCCUUUCUGGACCAAGCUGGUGGUGGUGGCCAUCGGCUUUACGGGCGGACUGGUGUUCAUGUACGUGCAGUGCAAAGUCUACAUCCAUCUAUGGAGGAGACUCAAAGCCUACAACCGCGUCAUAUACGUCCAGAACCGGCCGGACACGUGUAAAAAGCUGGCUCUGGAGAAGCCGCCGCUCCUGGAGCCCAGUCUCGAGAGCAAGGAGGCCCUGGUGCCGACCCAGUCCGACACAAACUCGUCCCAGUACACAGAGACAGAGGACUACAGCAUGGAGGUGCUUCAUGUGUGACCUCCCGGUCCACGCCAUGGGUUGAUCUACACGUGCUACACGCUAACAGGCCGACGGCGAAGCGUGGAAACACCUGGUGGCUGAAGAACAGCUUCGACGCUCCCCUACUGAUCCUGGACACCCUGUCCUUCCUUGCUUGGUUCUUAUGGUCCAUCCCCAGAGACGGACCGGACAUGACUAUCUUCUUGUAUCCACAUUCCUACUAUCGGACCUUCUUCCCUUAUCUCCACCCCACGCUCUCCCCUCCUCCCGUCCCCCAGGCUGGACAGUUUGUACUGACGUCUGUAAAUGUCUAAAGAGGCCUGACGCUUCACACACACACACACACACACACACACACACACACACACACACACACACACACACGCUCCCACUUGUGUGUGUGUACAACUCUGGGAGAGUAGGACUGAGACCAAAUGGACUCGCGUGGCUCUGAAGGUCCGCCCGUCUCCGAUGGGUGGGUUGGAUUUGUUGGACUUUACCUCCCGUGCGUCUUGGCUAAGCUGCCAUGGGUCAGUAUGUAGCGUCGCGCAUCGGAUUUCUGGAACAUUCCAGCUACUGCCAUCUCCGUUGCUGUGGUCCGUCCAGUCAGUUUGGUCUGGAUCCGACAUGAUCUGAUCUGGACAUGCAUCGAAGCACUUUUGUCUUUUUUUUUUUUUUUUAGUUCCCACAACAACCCCCACGCCACCGACAUCUUCGCUUAGUGUUUACUUUGGUCUAGUUUCUCUAUCAUAUAUUGGGGGAGAGCACAUUCAGACUUGGAAGUUGCUGUCAUUUUGUUUUGUUUUUUUCCCCCUUCAUGCACAUAAACCCAGUCACUAAUGAGAAAAAUGAAUUGGGGUCAAAAAUUGUAUCGCACCACGAAACCAUUGAAUGUGUUACUCCAAACUGAGGAAAAAUAGUUUUGUUCAGGCUCAUUGCUCUAACGCAUAUAAUAGAAAACCCAAAUUCAUGACUUCUGUAACCCAACACAAACUUUCUGAAGGCUUUGAGAAUGUAAACUUUUUAAAAAAAGAAUAUAAAACAUUUAAUAAAUACACAAAAAAAGGCAUUUUUUUACUGGUCACUGGAAAUUGCGAGAUGAUUUCCAUGUGUCGAUCAUAAUGGGAGCGUUUGAACAUAAACAGCAUCAGUCAUGUUUUUCUAUCAUGCGAUGACACAGUAUUUAUAGCGUGAUAUUCUAUGUGCAGUUUUUAUUAUGCUGAUUCGUUCGCUUAGCCAUUUGAUUCACCCUGAGAAACCCACGCCUGCCUUCAGGCCGCACCGUGACAGCGCCGCCUGCUGGUGGGAAGCCGGAGCCGCGGCCUGAGGCCUGCGGGGGGUUGUCGGGUUCUGGGGCUUGAUCAUUGGAAGUGCUUUUUGUCGCGGGCUCACGUUGAGCCUCAUUCCAGCAGCACAUGUUUUUAGAAACUUUGAUACCAGUCUGAGAAUGAUGAUGGUCCAACGACACAACACACCCGACGACUACUGCUCAGCAGCAGCAGCAAUAAGUAAAAUCUGUGCUUUUUUUUUUUUUUUUUUGUUGCAACAGUGCAUUCUGUAUUUGUGUAUAUGCCCCAUGACGACUUGAGAUCUGGACUCUGUUAUAAUUUGAAUACAUCAUAUGAGCCGAGGGAGUCGUUGUGUCCGCUUGGAUUAGGACUAGCAACAAGAAGCUUCUCUGAAACUUCAAAACCUCGCCAGGCUCAGUGCAAUUAGACAGAUAAAAAGUGCAAUUACCCUUUUGUUGUUGUUCGAUUAAGUAGUUCUGUACUGGUGUUUAAUGUCCAGGGUGUCCUCUGGGUAAAACAGACGAUUUCCUUAUUUGUGUUGUAUUUAUUUCUAAAAGAAGAGUGAGUACAAUUUGUUCACUUAAAAACCCAUUUUCAAUAGUAGUUUUAUGCAACUUACACUCUUUCCUGGGCAUGAAUGCGAGAACACCACCUUCACGGUUUGUUUUGCACUUAAUUUGUCAUUUGCGAAUAUCUGCUCCUCUGCUUUUCUUUUAAAUGGCUCGUUUUAAAUAUGCAGAAUAGAGACAAUUACAGCAUUAAUUUUAGACGUUCCAUGUUUAUCUGCCCAAAACGCGGAUUCUCUCAUACAGCUUCCUAGAGACAGAAGUAGGAGAUUGUGCUUCUUUUUUUAAGUCCUCCUCACAGGAGCUGGCUCCUUUCAUCAUGUCUGAGAUAAAGGUUAUGAUGAAGACUGAGGAUACUUAGAGUAGAUAGUUUACAAGCAGACGUGUUUUUCACAGACAGCAGCUUUCUCCUUUUCACAUUCCUUUUCAUGUCUCUCAUCGUAAAUUGAUUUUAUUUUAUAAUCUUUCACUGGGACAUUGCCUGCAAACAAAAUCUGUCAUCCAGUGUUUUAGCUUGUGGGUUGAGGAUUCUGUCUCUAAAUGACCAUGUCUGGGAUCAGUGUAAGUUGCAUGAAGCUACACUUGUUUACUACUGACUGGACUUGAACAUAUAUGACUGUUCCCCUGUCUUAUGAUAUCAUUCCAGAAGUUUGUCUGUGAAUUUACUUUGGAAUAGUACGUGUAAAGAAUUUGGUAAAGUACUUUAUGUUUUUAUGAGAAUAUUGAUGUGUUUUCAGUUUAAUUUCCCAUGUUUGAACAAAGUAUGUAGGCUUAAAAAGAACCAAAUAAAAAUUACUUUUACUUUUAAA